AUGCAACGCACUUGGAGGUUUGGGACUACUUUGGAAUACUGGACGUGGCUGCUUGCGUGUCUCUUGUGGAUUCAGUACUCGUGCGGGAUGCCACACGUCAUCCGAAUAGGCGGGAUUUUCGAGCAAACGGAUGGACCCGUCUCUCUGGUCAGCGCCGAGGAGCUGGCCUUCAAAUUCGCAGUCAACAACAUCAACAGAAACAGGACUUUGCUGCCCAACACCACACUGACGUACGACAUACAAAGGAUUAACAUCUACGACAGCUUCGAGGCAUCCAGGAAAGCUUGCGAUCAGCUGUCUCUCGGCGUGGUGGCCAUCUUCGGGCCGUCGCACAGUUCGUCGUCCAAUGCCGUGCAGUCCAUUUGCAAUGCGCUGGAAGUGCCGCAUGUGCAGGUGCGCUGGAAGCACCACCCCAUGGACAACAGGGACACCUUUUACGCCAACUUGUACCCUGACUACUCGUCACUUAGCUACGCCAUCCUGGACCUGGUGCAGUUCCUCAAGUGGAAGACCGCCACUGUGGUUUACGACGACAGCACCGGUCUGAUUCGACUACAGGAGCUGAUCAUGGCACCGUCCAGGUACAACAUUCGCCUGAAGAUCCGGCAACUGCCCGUGGACACGCAGGACACCAGGCCCCUCCUCAAGGAGAUGAAGAGGAGUCGCGAGUUUCGCAUCAUUUUCGACUGUAGCCACCAGAUGGCCGCGCAGAUCCUCAAGCAGGCCCAGACCAUGGGGAUGAUGACAGAGUACUACCACUACAUCUUCACCACUCUGGAUCUGAUGGCCAUUGAUUUGGAGCCGUACCGCUUUUGUGGCGUCAACAUGACUGGUUUCCGCAUCCUGAACGUGGACAAUCCACUGGUGUCAUCCAUCGUGGACAAGUGGUCCAUGGAAAGGCAGAUAGCGCCUAAACCGGACUCGGGCCUUCUGGAGGGCAUCAUGACGACAGAUGCGGCUCUGACCUACGACGCCGUCCACAUCGUGUCCGUCUCCUACCAGCACGCGCCGCAGAUGACGGUCAACUCUCUUCAGUGCCACCGCCACAAACCCUGGAGAUUCGGCGGCCGCUUUAUGAGUUUUAUCAAAGAGUCGCACUGGGAUGGACUGACUGGCAGACUCUCGUUCAACAAGACAACUGGAUUGCGAACAGACUUUGACCUGGACAUCAUAAGUCUGAAGGAGGACGGACUUGAAAAGGUUGGCAAGUGGAGUGCCCUGGGAGGUCUUAACAUCACCGAGGUGCCCAAGCGGAAAGGGAUGAACAUCACAGACUCACUGGCCAACCGCUCCCUCGUCAUCACUACUAUCCUCGAGGAGCCAUAUGUCAUGCUUAAGAAAUCUGACAAGGCACUGAUGGGGAACGACCGCUUCGAAGGCUUCUGCGUGGACUUGCUUAAAGAGCUGGCCGCCGUGCUGGGUUUCGCCUAUGAGAUCCGAUUGGUCCCCGACGGGAAGUACGGCUCCCAGGACGACAAGGGCCAGUGGAACGGCAUGAUCCGGGAACUCAUUGAGCAUCGAGCCGACUUGGCGGUGGCACCCCUCACCAUCACUUACAUGCGUGAGAAGGUGGUGGACUUCACCAAGCCCUUCAUGAGCAUGGGCAUCAGCAUCCUUUACCGCAAGCCCAACACCACCAACAACGGCUUCUUCUCUUUUCUCAACCCCAUGACGCCCGACAUUUGGAUCUACAUCCUGCUAGCCUACCUGGGAGUCAGCUGCGUCCUUUUUGUCAUUGCCAGGUUCAGUCCUUACGAAUGGUACGACGCCCACCCCUGCAACCCGGGUUCAGAUGUGGUGGAGAACAACUUCACGCUGCUGAACAGCUUCUGGUUCGGAGUUGGCUCCUUGAUGCAACAAGGCUCCGAGUUGAUGCCCAAGGCCUUGUCGACCCGGAUCAUAGGCGGCAUCUGGUGGUUCUUCACGCUGAUCAUCAUAUCUUCCUACACGGCCAACUUGGCGGCGUUCCUCACCAUCGAGAGGAUGGAUUCGCCGGUGGACUCAGCUGAUGACAUCGCCAAGCAGACCAAGAUCGAAUACGGUGUGGUUCGCGAUGGCGCCACGAUGACUUUCUUUAAGAAAUCCAAGGUCUCCACUUUUGAGAAGAUGUGGGCCUUCAUGAGCAGCAAGCCGAGCACGUCGCUGGUCAAGUCCAUCGAGGACGGCAUUCAGCGGGUGCUCAAAUCGGAUUAUGCCCUCAUUAUGGAGUCCACCACCAUUGAUUACAUCACCAGGCACAACUGCAACCUGACGCAGGUUGGAGGCCUCAUCGACAGCAAGGGCUACGGGAUCGGCACUCCCCUCGGUUCGCCGUAUAGGGACAAAAUUUCCAUCGCCAUUCUGAACAUCAUGGAGGACGGUCGUCUUCAUAUGCUAAAAGAAAAGUGGUGGAGCGGUAACAGCUGCUUGGACGACGAGCGUCGGGAGACGGGUCCCAUGGGAAUCCAGAACCUGGGCGGCAUAUUCAUCGUGCUGGCAUCCGGCCUGGUGCUGUCGGUCUUUGUGGCCAUUGCAGAGUUUGUCUACAAACUGAGGAAGACGGCAGAGCGAGAACAGGUCUUUGUGCAGUGCCAUGGUGGACGAGAUCAGACUGUCGUUCACCUGCGAGAGGCGUGUGAAACACAAGCCGCCGCCGCCGGCCGCUGUGAAGACGGACGCGGUGAUCAACAUGCACGCCUACAACGACCGCCGUCUCCCCGGAAAGGACAACCUGAGCUGCAGCGCUGGGAUGACCCCCGUCUUUCCGUGAGCUUGCGCUCCCCGCAGGGCAAAAGCCUCCUGAGCAACGUGUCAGGGGCUCUGCCCGAGACUAGAGACAACGGCAUCGACGGGAUCCUACGGUUCUCUAUGAACCACAGCGACACGGGGACGCUGACUAAACACGGACAACUCAAAAUGGCGGCGUCGGCCACGCAGGUAUGA